AUGGACCCGCGCGGCGCGCGCGGCGCCGACCGCCCGCCCAACCCGCGCGCCCGCGCCUCCCCGCUGUCGGCGCUCACCUUCGGCUGGGUGCUGGGCACCUUCUGGCGCGGCUACCAGCGCGACCUCGAGGUGGACGACCUCACGCAGCCGCUCACCGAGCACCGCAGCGACCUCCUCGGCGACGUCUUCGAGAAGUACUGGGCCGACGAGCAGCGGCGCGCGGCGCGGCGCAAGGGCGCGCGGCCCAGCCUCACACGCGUGAUAGUGCGCGCAUUCGGCGUGCGCCUCGCGCUCUACGGCAUCGUCCUCGCCAUCAUGGAGAUCGUGCUGCGAGUGGCGCAGCCGAUCUUCCUGGGGCAGCUGGUGCUGUCGUUCAGCAACGACUCGGAGGUGCCGCGCGACGCCGCCAUGGGGUACGCGGCGGGGGUGGUGCUCUGUUCCGCCGCCAACAUCUUCGUCAUCCACCCGUACAUGAUGGCCAUCUUCCACAUGGGCAUGAAGAUGCGCGUGGGCAGCUGCUCGCUGCUGUACCGCAAGGCUCUGCGCUUGAGCAAGACGGCGCUGGGAGACACGACGGCCGGGCAGGUGGUGAACCUGCUGGCCAACGACGUGGCGCGCUUCGACCUCGCUGUCAUCUUCCUGCACUACCUGUGGAUUGGCCCCGUGGAGACGGUGCUCGCCACCUACGUGAUGUACCGCCACGUGGGGAUUGCGUCAGUCAUCGGCGUCGCUACCAUCCUAAUGUUCAUCCCGCUCCAAGGUCAGGAUUUUCUGAGCGAUUUCUACUGCCGUCAAACUGUUUUGCCCAUCAUUUUGAAGAAGACGUCGACGCUGCGCCUGCGCACGGCCAUGCGCACGGACGAGCGCGUGCGCCUCAUGAACGAGAUCAUCUCGGGCGUGCAGGUCAUCAAGAUGUACGCGUGGGAGAUCCCCUUCAACAAGCUGGUCACCACGGCGCGCAAGCAGGAAUUGAAAUGCUUGACGCAGACGUCAUACAUCCGUGGUGUGGUGCUCAGCUUCAUCAUGUUCAACACGCGAAUCUCCAUCUUUACCAGCAUCCUCUCGUACGUAUUCACCGGCGGUGCCAUCACCGCUGAAAAGGUGUUUUUGAUCACGGCCUAUUACAACAUCUUACGACAAACAAUGACGGUAUUCUUCCCUCAAGGGCUCACCCAACUUGCAGAAGCCUUUGUGUCCAUCAGGCGCAUAGAGAAUAGGCUGUUUUUUGAUAACUACUUUGAUUGUACUAAUAUCGUUUGUUACACGAACUUCCAAUUAUUUCAUCACUGCUUCUCUUUAUUGCAGGUGUUAAGUGCAUGUGCAUUACGCACUGAUCUUCAGCAGCUUCCCUACAGUGACAAAACUAUCGUCGGUGAACGAGGCAUAUCCCUCUCUGGUGGACAACGUGCCCGCAUCAAUCUUGCCAGGGCUGUGUAUAAGGAAGCUGAUAUCUACUUGCUUGAUGACCCACUGUCUGCAGUGGAUUCACAUGUGGGCAAACAUCUCUUUGAUGAAUGCAUUAAAGGAUACCUUGCAGGCAAGGUAGUAGUACUCAUUACACAUCAGUUGCAGUAUCUCAAGGAUGUAGACAAGAUUUAUGUAAUGGAGAAUGGCUCAGUGCGACAAGAGGGUACGUUUGUGGAGCUCCAGGAGUCAGGUACUGAUCUCUCUCAACUCAUAGAGAAUGAUUCCAAUGAUACAGUUGAAGCUGCAAAAAAAGAACGUACUUCAACACCUCUUCGCACUUCUCGAGCAAGUAUGUCUAGUGUAGAUGAGAAGUCAAUAAAAGUUCCAUUGGAGGAAGAAGAAUCUCGCAGCCGUGGCACGGUUGCUGGCCAUGUGUAUACACGCUAUUUUGCAGCUGGUGGCAACUGUUGUGUAAUUUUUAUGAUGUUUGUUCUAUGUGCUGCUGCUCAAGUGGCUGCUAGUGGAGCUGAUUAUUGGAUUACAUAUUGGACUAGAGCUGAGCAAUAUUCUGCUUGGAAUCAAAACAACUCUUCAAAUUCAAGUGAUACAUUCGAUGACGUAGGAUUAGAGGAAAAGAUGCUGUCACGAGAGGAUUGCAUUUAUAUAUACGCAGGAAUCAUUGGAGCAGUAGUGGUUUUGUCCUUGGUUCGUUCUUUUGUUUUCUUCAAAGUUUGCAUUCGAGCUUCUCAGAGGUUGCAUGAUGCUAUGUUCUAUUGUGUCACACAUGCAAAAAUGCGCUUCUUCAAUACAAAUCCUUCAGGUAUGAGACUGAAUUUGUUUCAACUACCUACUUGAAAAUGGUUUAAAAAAAUAUUGUUACCUAUUUCAUAAAAUAUUUCAUCAGAAAUGUCUAACUAAACUAAUCAAAUAUUAAUAACAAAAAUUAGUUCAGUGUAAGAAAAUCAAAGGUAUCUAUUUUAAUUUAAUUAAAAUAAAAGAAUGAAUGUGAUGUAUGAGGGAGUAGUAUAAUAUGUGCAAGUUUUCUUUAGACCAACAGACAUGAUUGGUAACAUUUGAAAACUUGAAAUGUUCACUCCCAUGUAACACAAAGUAUUUGCAUCACAAAUAAAUUACAGAUUUGGUUUGAUAGAAUUGAUGGGGUGGAAAAAAAAGACCUGAACAAAAUGUGUGCGGAUAGUGGGAUAGUGAAGCUACACCUGCGUCCAAAAGAAAUGCUCAAAUUCACUUUACCUUAAAAGAAGUCAAAGGUCUUGUCCCAAUGAUUCUGGUUUAGAGGGAAUCAUUUGUGUGAGAAUUUAUUCACUAAUAUGUGGCAGAAAAUGAAAUUUGUGUCUUGAAAGAACAAUGAAAUCUAAAAGAAAAAGUUAUUCAAACUUACUAGUCCUAUUACAUUGACAUUUUGAAUGGUGCAGCGACAAAUUAUAACAAUUUGAUACUCAUUUGAUAAUAAUUCUGAAAGUCCCUUUUUUCUGUGCAGACCUUUUUAGGACUUCAGAUACCUACUUGUUUAUUGUUUUGCAGAAGUGAUUGAUAUUGAUUUAUAGAUAUUUCUGAAGCAUAGUGUACAAUAUGUUUUCAAUACAUGUUACAAGUAAUGAGGAUAGUGGUUGAAAAUUGGCAAUAAACAGAACAUUGUUGAAGAAAAAUUCAUUGUAAGUAUUUGAUAACUUGUAGUGCUAUUGUUUGUUUCCAGGAAGGAUCCUAAAUCGUUUCUCAAAGGAUAUGGGUGCUGUUGAUGAGAUAUUGCCUCAGUGUAUGGUGGACACACUCCAAAUUGGAUUAGCUCUGCUGGGCAUAAUUGCAGUACUGGCAGUUGUAAACUAUUGGCUCCUUAUUCCUACUUUAGUUAUAGGAUUUAUGUUUUAUCUUAUGCGGCAGUUCUAUCUGUCAACUUCAAGAAGUGUAAAGCGUCUCGAAGGAGUCACUCGCAGUCCAGUCUUCUCUCAUAUGAAUGCAUCUUUGCAAGGCCUUACUACAAUUCGUGCCUUUGGAGCAGAAAAUAUUCUUGUCAAAGAGUUUGAUAAUCAUCAGGACCUUCAUUCAUCUGCCUGGUAUGUGUUUAUUGCUACAUCUCGUGCCUUUGGAUUUUGGCUGGAUAUAAUUUGUGUGGCAUAUAUCACAAUAGUAACUUUCAGUUUCUUAAUUAUAGGAACAAAUGUUUUUGGUGGCAAUGUGGGACUGGCAAUCACACAGGCAAUUGCUCUUACUGGUAUGUUUCAAUGGGGAAUGCGUCAGUCAGCUGAGAUGGAAAAUCAGAUGACAUCUGUGGAACGAAUUAUGGAGUACAAGAAUGUAGAACAAGAACCUCCACUUGAAUCAGCUCCAGGAAAGAAACCUCCACCUGAUUGGCCACAGAAAGGCCACAUUGUUUUUGAUCAACUGUCAUUAAAAUAUAAUGCUUCAGAAGCAGCUGUAUUGAAGAAUCUUAACUUCACUAUUAUGGCUGGAGAGAAGGUUGGAAUUGUUGGACGCACUGGAGCUGGCAAAUCUUCUCUUAUCAGUGCUCUCUUCAGAUUGGCUGAGCUGGAAGGUACCAUUUUGUUGGAUGAUGUGGAUACAGGCAGUAUUGGUCUGCAUGAUUUGCGCCAGAAAAUCUCCAUCAUCCCUCAAGAACCUGUCCUUUUCACUGGGACACUUCGUAAGAACCUAGACCCAUUUGAUGAAUUUACUGAUGCAGCCCUUCUUCGUGCUCUUGAUGAGGUGGAACUUGGUGAGAUGGUGCAUGAUCUACCAGCUGGUCUCAGCACAAAGGUGUCAGAAGGUGGCUCCAAUUUCAGUGUUGGGCAGCGUCAACUGGUGUGCCUUGCUCGCGCAAUUCUCAGAGAUAAUCGCGUGCUGGUGCUAGAUGAAGCAACAGCUAAUGUGGAUCCUCAGACAGAUGCACUUAUACAAAGGACAAUCAGACAGAAGUUUGCAUCUUGCACAGUACUUACAAUAGCUCAUCGCCUCCAUACAGUUAUGGACAGUGAUCGAGUCCUUGUAAUGGACGGCGGAUGCAUGGUGGAAUUUGGACAUCCUCAUGACUUGUUGCAAAACACUGAAGGCCAUUUCUACAAGAUGGUGCAAAUGACUGGUCGUGGAAUGGCUGAACAGCUGGCUAAAAUUGCAGAAGGAGUAAAGAAGCGGACCCCUAGUGCUUGACAAGAGAAAGUGAAGGAAGAACCAUUUCCAGAACAACAUUUGGAAUAGAAGAUUGUUUACAGUUAUUAAUACUUUCACCUCUAGUUUGUUGAACUAGCUUAGGGAAUGGUGCUUUUAUUUAUUAAAGAAAAAGAUGGAUUAUGUACAGUAGGAAACAUAAUUCUGUGAUUGGUUGUGUGAUUCAAGCAUCCUUGAGUACAUUCCAUAAACUAUUAUUUCAGUGUUCUACUUACUUUAAUUAGAUGAAAGUUUGAUCCAUGGCCUUUAUUUAAUUUUGAUUACUUUCACUUUUUGGACUAUCUUAUACUUACUGUUUAGACAAACAAACCUGUAUUUCUAUUUCUUUUUUUUUUGUUUAUAAAAGUCAUUGUGGUUAAUUUUUUAAUUAUUUUGUUUUAAAAACAAAAAUUUUUGUUUCUGAAGUGUACUUAAGAUACGAAUGGGAACAAAGACAUUUAUUGAUUGUAUUUUAAAUGAUAUCCAAAGAUGGCCUUAACUCAUUAAAUUUUUGAUGAUCUUGCCAAAGAAAAGAGAAUAGGAAGUGCACCUCAGGGUGAAAGAAACAGUAUUUUUAUAUUAAUGUAUUGUGUCCUAUUACUGUGACAUGAUGGAAUAUUAUGAAGUAUGUAUUUUUGCUGUAAUCAGCAGCUGGCCUUGUGUGUGUUUCAAAACAUUUUGUGGAAAACGGCUGCUGUUUUGUGUAACUAAUUGUAUUUAGAAUAGUUACAUAUUAUUUUGUAUUUCUUGCAGAUUAUUUAUGUUGUCAUAUGAAGCCAUUCUUGAUGAUGAAACUGAAAAAAAUUUUAUUAAAAGUAGUGUCAAGAAAAUGUUCCUAGCAAAUAGUCUUUUAUUUUAAUUGAAAAUAUUUGUUGCUUUUCCUUAUUAACACUUUUGUUUUUAACAAUUGUCAUAGUCUGGGGGAGAAUCAUCUUAGUAUACAAACAAAAUACUCAGGUUAGUUCUGUCUAAUUUUUAAUAAUUCUUGAAAUUUGAUAAUUGAAUUAUUUUUUGGAAGAAUUUUUAUUAUUAAAAUUCUCUUCAAUUUGUUUUAAUUUAAUUUCUUGUGAAAAUAUUCUGAAAUCUUUUUAAAAAAUUCAUUUUUAAUUUAUACUCCAUUCAAGCCGGCAGAUGAUUAUUUUGACUGAUUGUUAAGAGUUGACUAUUGCUAAAUCAGUUUCACAAAAUCUAUUCUUCCUCCUGAGUCAUCCAAGUGGGCUGAGGCACGGCUUUGUUUUUCUGACAGAAAUAUUGCAUACUAGUAUCUCCUUCUUUAAGCGCCACCUGUACGUGAAAAUUGCUAACCUGAAGAAGGUUCUUAACAGUCGACCAUCUACUAUUGUAAAAAAUAUAUUAUAUAAAUAAAUAUUCAAAGUUUAUUUACAGUUCAAAAAAAGUUAAUUGCAGGGGCCAUAC